CUUACUCAGAACUAAUAGCGAGGUAAACAGAAGAACGACACACCUAAUUUUAUCAUCCCGUUAGGCCAGAAACCAGUAGAGAAGGUGCUCCUCACACCAGCUCGAAGCAAAAUUAUAACAUCCACGCAGCAUCACAACUCGUCUUACCACUUAACCGCGCUCACCUGGCACUCGGUUACGUAUACCAUGCCUACGUUCGAGCUUGGGGAUUCUAUACCCUCGGAGACCGCUCAUGCCGUGAGCGUCUCACUCCCAACCUGGAGUGCCAAUGUCGGCUAUGAGGAGGGCCAGGAUUGGGUUGUUAAGCGCAUGACAACGGGGUAUCCUCGCUUCUUUAUCCACCGGAGCAUUCAGGCCUUUGCUGCUGACAUUGUGGCCAAGCAUGUCAGUACCACGGCCAAGCGACCUAGUGAUAUCACAGCCAUGCUCUUUCCAACGCCGACCAUUGCCUCUCGCUGCGUUGAUUUCAUCCGUUCGCGAGCACCUGUUGAUGUCUGCAUCAAUAUCGAGGUCAUCAACCUCGUUCUUGAUAUGUCAAAUCCCGAGGCGCGUGCCCUGGAGCCCCUCUGUCCCUCCAUCUCUGCUGUCAUCAUGCCACAGGACGGCUUUCCUUUCGCAAAGCAGUACUGGCAGCAUAGUGGAGAUGGCGUUUCUAGCCGCCGGGCUGAGUUCUGCCACGGUUUGUUCACAGACGGCUUGCUGCGUCCUCUGAUUGAACUCCGUAACGCAGAUGCCUCUGCUUCAGCAAAGCCGUGUCGCGGUCCUAAGCGCUACCAGCGGCAGGCUUCGCUUGACGCCAGAGGAAACCAGCAGCCGAAUAUGCACGGUCACGUCAACGGGACCACCGGAGAGACUGCCAUGAUACAGGAGACUUCCCGUUUUCUAGAAGAGCGUUUCGGCAGAAAUCUCGACCUCUCCUUUGUCCAACCCGCCAAGUCCGCCAUCAAGAGACGAAUUGCCGGAGCACUGCGGAGUGCCGACCAUGACCUUGGAGGUUCCCCUUCGCUGUCAGAAAAGCAGAUGAGUUCCAACACCCGCGGCAUCGCCAAUCUUCGCGAGGAGGAUAUCUAUCUCUUCCCAUGCGGAAUAAACGCGAUUUUUCAUGCCCACAGAGCGCUGUAUUCCAUUCGAACCCCGCCGGGCAGCACGCCGCUAAAAGGCGUCAACUUUGGCUUCCCUUACGUCGAUACGCUCAAGAUUCUCGAGAAGUUCAACCCUUCCGGUGCGUUGUUCUACGGCCGCGCCUCCGAGUCCGACCUCGACGACUUGGAGACUCGACUCGAGGCCGGAGAGCGGUAUCUGGCUCUUUUCUGUGAAUUUCCGGGCAACCCCACACUCAGUUGUCCCAACUUGGUCCGUAUUCGGGAGCUGGCGGACAAGUACGAAUUUGCCGUUGUUGUAGACGAGACUAUUGGCACCUUUGCGAAUGUGAAUAUCCUCCAGUUCGCGGACAUUGUUGUCAGCAGUCUCACGAAGAUUUUUAGCGGCCACUGCAACGUCAUGGGUGGCGGUGCUAUAUUGAACCCUAACUCACGAUACUAUCCAGCCCUGAAAGCCUUCUUCCAGCAGCAAUUGGAGGACACCUACUGGCCCGAGGAUGUCAUCUUCAUGGAGCGCAACAGCAGAGACUUUGUUGCGCGCAUAGACCGAGUCAAUGCAAAUGCCGAGGCCAUUUGCCGUGUCCUCAAAGAUCAUCCGCUCGUCAAGACUCUCUACUACCCCAAGUACAACGAUUCACGGGCCAACUAUGAAGCGGUCAAGCUGCCACAAGGAGGCUACGGUGGUCUUGUCUCUGUGGUCUUGAAGGGGAAGAAGCAGGCUGUGGCCUUUUACGAUGCGCUCGAGACGGCCAAGGGACCGAGCUUGGGAACCAACUUCACAUUGACUUCGCCCUAUGUGCUCCUGGCGCAUUAUCAGGAGCUUGACUGGGCUGAGCAGUAUGGCGUUGACAGGAACUUGAUACGGAUCAGUGUCGGGUUGGAGGAAACAGAUGAGCUUGUCAAUGUGUUUACCAGAGCACUGAAAGUUGCCGAGGAACAAUCUUAGUAUCCUUGAGAACAAGGGCAGGUAGCGAAUGCUUACAGAUAUAAACAUUUUAAGCUGGGUCUCUUGAGUGCGGAGUAGGCACUGGUAGGAUGAGGAGUGAAAUGAUACAACCAACGUGCCCUCUUCGCAUGCCACACAUGUGUCCUUGCCGUUAAUACAUACUUGAUUAACAAGUAUAG